CUCAUUUUCUUAUAAAUAUCUAUGAUUCCGGUACCCAACAGCUUUGUUCAUCCCUGUGAAAUAGUGGAGGCUGAAGAAGGUCUCUUUUCUCUGCAUUGCAUUUGAAUCGAGGAUUGUUUUAGCUGAAUGGCCCGGUUGGUUCUACCAUGCAAGGGCGUUGGAUUGGCAAGGAAUAACCUCUUGGGUUUGAUCUCAUCUGCUCCUGUUCGAGCUUCACAUCGUUGUGUUAAUUCAUUUGGAAUUUCGGUUAAACGUGGUAGUAGGCCGAGGGCUUUGUUUACUUCACAGGUGAAAUCUCGACAGAAUUAUCGAUUUCCGUACCAUUUACCAUUUGAGGCUAAACAAUCUAGUAGGAAGCUGAUUUGUUCAGUUGCAACAGAAGCAUUGCAAGAAAAAGGUGAAGAAAACAAAAUGGGUACACCUAAAGAGAUAUUUUUGAAAGAUUACAAGAUGCCCGAUUACUAUUUCGAUACGGUCGAUUUGAAGUUUUUGUUGGGCGAGGAGAAAACAAUCGUCAAUUCAAAAAUAAUGGUGUUCCCUAGAGUUGAAGGAUCCAAAUUUCCUUUGGUUUUGAAUGGGGAUGAUGUGAAGUUGAUAUCAAUUAAGGUCAACAAUGAGGACCUCAAGGAGGAAGAUUACGUUCUGGACUCCCGCCAUUUGACAAUCCUAUCACCGCCAACCGGUUCUUUUACUUUGGAAAUUGUCAAUGAGAUAUGUCCUCAGAACAACACAUCUCUAGAGGGACUCUAUAAAUCAUCUGGAAAUUUCUGCACACAAUGUGAAGCUGAAGGUUUCCGGAAGAUCACAUUUUACCAGGACCGUCCUGAUAUAAUGGCGAAGUACACAUGUCGCAUAGAAGCUGAUAAGUCAUUGUACCCAGUCCUGCUGUCUAAUGGGAACCUUAUAGAACAGGGCGAUUUAGAGGGUGGAAAACAUUAUGCCCUUUGGGAGGAUCCCUUUAAGAAACCCUCUUACUUGUUUGCUUUAGUAGCUGGCAAGUUGGCAAGCAGAGACGAUAGUUUUAUUACUCGUUCCGGUAGGAAAAUCUCCUUGAAGAUAUGGACCCCAGCUGAAGACCUCCCCAAGACCGAGCAUGCGAUGUAUUCUUUGAAGGCCGCUAUGAAAUGGGAUGAAGAUGUUUUUGGACUAGAAUAUGAUCUGGAUCUCUUCAACGUUGUGGCCGUUCCCGAUUUCAACAUGGGAGCCAUGGAAAACAAGAGUCUGAAUAUAUUCAAUUCAAAACUUGUCUUGGCGUCUCCCGAGACUGCUUCUGAUGGAGAUUAUGCUGCCAUAUUAGGAGUGAUCGGCCAUGAGUAUUUCCACAACUGGACCGGCAACAGGGUGACAUGUCGUGAUUGGUUCCAGUUGAGCUUGAAGGAAGGCCUUACUGUUUUUCGUGAUCAGGAAUUUUCAUCUGACAUGGGAAGUCGUGCUGUGAAAAGAAUUGCUGAUGUUUCAAGACUUAGAAACUAUCAGUUUCCACAGGAUUCUGGUCCCAUGGCUCAUCCGGUUCGACCUCACUCCUAUAUCAAGAUGGACAACUUUUACACAGUGACGGUGUACGAGAAGGGUGCUGAAGUUGUGAGGAUGUACAAAACCUUAUUGGGAAGUCAAGGAUUUAGAAAAGGCAUGGAUCUUUACUUUAAGAGACACGACGGUCAAGCUGUUACCUGUGAAGAUUUCUACGCCGCAAUGCGAGAUGCAAACGAUGCUGAUUUUGCUAACUUCUUACUAUGGUACUCUCAAGCUGGGACUCCUCAAGUUAAAGUUACAUCGUCUUACAAUUCCGACGGUCGAACGUUUACUCUGAAGUUCAGGCAAGAGGUUCCACCAACUCCUGGGCAGGCAGUUAAAGAGCCAAUGUUUAUACCUGUUGCUCUUGGUUUGCUAGACUCAUCUGGCAAUAAUUUGAGUCUCUCCUCCAUAUAUCAUGAUGGGGUGUUGCAGUCUAUAUCCGACAAUGAUCAGCCCGUCUACUCCACAGUCCUCAGGCUGACUAAGAAAGAAGAAGAGUUUGUCUUCACCAAUAUACCGGAGCGGCCAGUUCCAUCUUUGCUUAGGGGCUACAGUGCUCCGGUCCGUAUGGAAACAGAUCUAAGUGACGAUGAUCUAUUUUUCCUUCUUGCCUACGAUUCGGAUGAGUUCAACCGUUGGGAGGCUGGACAAGUGUUGGCAAGGAAACUGAUGCUGCAACUGGUGUCUGAUCACCAACAAAAUAAGACAUUGGUUCUUAACUCGAAGUUUGUGGAGGGUCUGAGAUCCAUACUUACUGACUCGAGCUUGGAUAAGGAAUUCAUUGCGAAAGCGAUAACUCUCCCUGGUGAAGGGGAAAUAAUGGACAUGAUGGAGGUUGCAGAUCCUGAUGCUGUUCAUGCCGUUCGAACUUUCAUUAGGAAGCAACUGGCCAAUGCACUGAAAGCCGAGUUUCUCGCCGCAGUAGAAAACAAUAGGAGUUCAGCAGCAUAUGUGUUUAACCAUCCCGAACUGGCCAGGCGUGCUUUAAAGAAUACUGCCCUCGCAUAUCUUGCAUUACUUGAGGAUGCAGAGACUGCCAACCUUGUGCUUAAUGAGUAUAAGAACGCCUCAAAUAUGACCGACCAAUUUGCAGCUUUAGUGGCUAUAGCCCAGAAGCCAGGUGAAACUCGUGACACGAUUCUCGCUGACUUCUACGCCAAGUGGCAGCAUGACUAUUUGGUUGUGAAUAAAUGGCUUGCUCUUCAAGCCAUGUCAGACAUUCCUGGUAAUAUUGAGAAUGUCAAGAACCUCCUAAAUCACAAGGCGUUCGACCUGCGAAAUCCAAACAAGGUCUAUUCUUUGAUUGGAGGUUUCUGUGGAUCGACCAUCAACUUCCACGCGAAGGACGGGUCGGGCUAUGAAUUCUUGGGAGAAGUUGUAAUGCAACUAGACAAAAUCAAUCCCCAGGUUGCCUCUCGAAUGGUGUCUGCGUUCUCGAGAUGGAAGCGUUACGACGAACACCGACAAAAUCAUGCUAAGGCACAACUGGAGAAGAUACUGUCUGCCAAUGGACUGUCUGAAAAUGUGUUUGAAAUUGCAUCAAAAAGCUUAGCAGCUUGAGAAUAAUCUUAGGAUUUGUGGGUUCAUAAUAAUAAUAUCACCACUUCCACCUUCAAUGUAGAAAAGAAAUGCUUGUCGAUGUGGCGGCCUUCGUUCGUUCAAGCAAGGUCUCGUAUGAUAACGAUUUCAUUUUUAGUUUCUAUUUAUGAAUUUUAUGUUUGUUUCUUACUA